AUGAAGAUCGCGGCCGGAUCUGCUGCUCUCUGGCUUGCGGUCGCUGCCUCGCGCAUCGCGGCCAGCCCGGCGGGCCACAACCACCAUGGCCUACUGACGAGGAAGCACCACAAGUGCGGCAGCCCUCCUGCUGCGACGACCAGCUCGACUCUGUCGAAUUCCAGCAGCGGGUCAAGCAUUGCCAGCUCAAGCACCGGCCUACACAGCUCAAUAGCAACAUCCGGCAGCACAACGUCGAGCAGUCUGUCGUCGGAGACAACAAGCUCCAGCACCGUUAUCGCACCAGCUGGGACGACAUGCACAGCCUUGACGACAGUCACCGAGACAUACACGGUGGUUUACGUGUCGACAAUCACGCCAGACCCAAUCACGACAUCGACGACCGAGUUUGAGACCACGACGAUUACUCUCGUCACGCGCGAGACGCUGACAUUCAGCACGACCUCGACAGACCUCCUCACGGAGACUGACACGACCACGUCGACGAGCACUGCAACAGCGACGUCAACGAUCACAGCCACGGCGACGUCAGCGAUGGUGACAGCACCAGCUCCGGCGGGUCUCAUCCCCAUCAAGUCACAAUAUCCCGACACAGCCCCUGGACGGCGGAGAUCAGCAGACUUCGAGGCUUUGACGAGAGUGCCGAAGCUCUUUGUACUUCCUGCGCGGAACAACAAUGGCAUACACACCUCGAUGACGUACCACGAAACAAUCCCGUGCACGUCCACCAGCAUCUCCACCGUCGUAGUGUCCACGACGAUAACCUCGACCACCUCGACCACCCUCGCCGUGGAAACUCUCGUGUCGACCACGACAAGCACAAUCACAACAGAGACCACGUCACUCGACACGCCCGCGAGCACCACGCUCAGCUAUUCGUCCACAUCGACCCUCACCACCACCACGACUAUAAUUACCCUCACCACAACCACAGUAACCACAACCUCGACGACCACAGUGCCCAACCCAACGCCCACCUUCUAUGCGGGCUGCGGGCCGGCUUACAUCCUCGCCGACAUCAACGGGCGGUACGUGAGCAAGCUCGACUGGGGCAGUGCCGGUACUUUUACGCUGCAAGGGCCGCGGACGCCAUACGAGUGCUGCGUGGCGUGCAUCACGCAGGCAAACGCCACCUGUGCCGGCACGGCGUGGACAAACAACCAGUGCAAGGCGGCCCGGAUCCGUGGCGGGACGUGCGCGCCCGAGCAGCCCGCGGCGGUGUUUGGGGUGUUCCAGGGCUCGGUGAAUAUCAACAGCAAGUGGGCUGUGAGCAACGGGCUGUGCGGGAACUGGGUGAGGACGUAG